AAGCCCUCUAGAAACGUGACAAAAACAAAGUUGUUUACUUUGUCGUUCAAAAGUGUCAAACGAUAUUUUUAGGUAGAUAAAUACAGAUCUUAGUAAUCUAGUACACAUCUAGGGGUAACUCCUGAGAAAGCAAAGCUUUUUCGUGUUUUAAAGAUCACCUGGAUUUCUUGAAACUACUCUGGGUACAAAAUGGCAGCUUUGGUUGGUGGAUUUAGUAAGGAAAUGAAGGCUACUGAAGAAGUGCAAAAGAUUGUCGACGAGGUGAGGAGCCAGGCCGAGGCAAUGGCUGGUAAAUCAUUCAAGGAAUUUAAAGCCAUUUCCUAUAGAUCUCAAGUUGUACAGGGUAUGAAUUACUUAGUGAAGGUGCAAGUAGGUGACUCUUCUUAUGUUCAUUUGCGCAUACACCAAAGUUUACCGCAGGAUGGAUCAAAAAUUGAGUUAAUAGCCAUCAGAACUGGAUUGUCGGAAGAUGACAGCUUGGAUGACUUUAAAGCUGAUGGAAAAAAUUAGUUUUUUGACCAAUUAAAAAUAAUGGUAGUUUGGUUGGAUAACUAGUCAAUUCAGAAUGUCUUUUUACAGCUUAAGAGGUCAAAAGAAUUCAUAACUGUUGGCACAAAUUAGAAAGAAAAAAUAAUGAUUAAGUUUUGUAACUUUUUUCAGUUUAAGUUAGCUUUUUGUAAGUGAACCCACUAUCUGCAACUUACUUGUAAAACCACUACUUAACAAAAAAGGAAGGCCAUGAACAUUUAAAGCACUUUGCACAAACUCUCCUUUAGUAAUACAAUAAAAGCAUCUCAACGCGGAGGAAAA